UUGGCGCUGCGAUCGACAUGUUGAUAGUAGGCGAGAAUGGCGAGUCGACUUGCGAGAGACUUCAGUACAGUGAAAAAGUUUUAAAUCUUUAUUGUCACUAUCAACUACGUUUGUUGUAAAAAUAAAAACGAUAGCAGUAUCAAAUAUCUGACAAAAGUUGAUGUACUAUGAACCGACUGGAUGAUCCGCCGGGGCUCAUGAAAGGCAGAAAACCAUCUUUUAUUGGAAUGAACGGGGCACCAGAGACAGAUGAUCAACAACGACUACGGUUCCAGGUUGAAUUAGAAUUUGUACAAUGCCUUGCUAAUCCAAAUUAUCUGAAUUUUUUAGCACAGCGUGGCUACUUCAAAGAUACGACCUUUAUUAAUUACCUUAAAUAUUUAUUAUAUUGGAAAGAACCUGAAUAUGCCAAGUAUUUAAAGUACCCUAUGUGCUUGUAUUUUCUGGAUUUAUUGCAAUAUGAGCACUUUAGAAGGGAAGUUGUGAGUUCUCAAUGUACAAAGUUUAUUGACGAUCAACAGAUUUUAUUGUGGCAGCAUUAUACAAGACGUAGAACAAGACUUUUGCAAACAGCUGUAGAACAAACGCAACAUGCUAACUCUCAGAACAAUGGUAUUGUCCAACCCAAAGUUCCUUGAAUGCUUUGAUUAUAUUCAUCCCAUAUGUACCAAAUGGAGCACUUAUAUGAUCUUUUCAAUAUGUUAGUUUCUUAUAAGAACUGAUUGAUUUAAGUUAUUAUUGCUCUGUGAUAACUCAAAACCUUAUUUUUGUCAUUAAAUCACAUUCUUUCUUGUAUAAAUACAAAUAAAUUAUUUAUUAAAGAAGUCGGGAAA